AUGACUUCUUACGGGGAUGUCAGGAAGAUCAUUGAAGAUGUUUUCAUGAUUGCCAAAACUGUCAAGACAGUCUACAAGGCCGAAGAGGAGCUCAAAGAGCUCACAAAGGAGACUGAAAUCCUGAGUAACAUGGCAGACGAUGUUCAGAAAAGCGGAAGCAAUUUUGAAUCAAACAAAGAUUUUCAGAGCGCCCUCGAAGAAACAAAUGAUUUGAUCGCAGACCUCAAACAACACCUUGAGAAGAGAAAAAAGACAAUCGACAAGUUUUUGGAGAAAUUGAAGUGGCCAACCCGAAAGAGUGAUUUCAAGCAGGAUCUUGACAAGGCUCGCCGGCUAACCAACCUCCUUUCGCAAAUGAACAUGACCCUUUCUAUUCGGCAUAUUUCGGAUAUAAAGCAAGAUGAGCUUGUCGAUGAUUUCAUCAAGCGCUGGACACCACCUAUGGCAGCAGAGUUGCUUGGAGCCUAUCCACGUGUGCAAGUUACAGAAGGAACCGGCCAGUGGAUUCUGAAUAACGGCCAGUAUCGAAAUUGGGAACAAUCAGGAAACGGUGUUCUUUGGAUCAAUGGAUUGCAGGGAUGUGGAAAAACAGGACUUGCGAUCACGAUAGACGAUCGGCUCAGGGCCCGCCAACAACAACGUCAUGGACCCAAUUCUCUAGCCACCCAAGUCGCCGCAGUAUUCUGCUAUCACCAAAUUGAUGGCAUGCGAAAUCUACAAGACCAUAUGGAGAUACUGAUGAGCUUGUGGGUCCAGCUGGUCAAGUCAAAACCAGAAUGUCGCCAAGACAUUGCGUGGAUCAAGAACUCCAAAGACGAUCACGACCCUGCCAUCCUUACAGGUCAAAGAAGACUGAAGGUUCAGAGAGAGCUACUCCAACACGCUUUGAAACACUCCGGCAACACUGUUCUUAUACUCGAUGGGCUCGACGAGGUUCCCAGAAACCUCCAACGCAACGUAAUUCAGGAUCUGAGAAGCCUUCAGCGGGAGAAUGGUUAUUGCCGAAUCUUGAUAACUUCUCGGCCGUACGAUAGUAUCGCGAGGAUUUUCAAGAACGAUCCGCAGGUGUACAUGGAAGCACCAGAUGUUGAUCUUACGCUAUACAUGGAGGAACGUUUCUCUCGACAAGACUGGGACUAUCACUGCGAAUUCAGGUCUCGUGAUAUCAUCGAAAUUCUACUUGAGAAAUGCCAGAAAUCGUUCAUAUUGACUCAACUCAUCAUGGACGAAGUGGAGAGAGCCGACAGCAAAGCUCACUGCGAGCGAAUAAUCUCUGAGCUGCCUUCCACAGUCGAUGAAGCGUACAGACGGGGCAUCAAUCGCCUUAAAGCCGAGUCUUCUUCUGACGGGUUAGUUGAUGGUCUUCCAUGUAUGUCCAUCCAGGCAUUAUUCUGGGUAGCCUUUGCACCAAGCUCAAUGACAGGGGAUCAUCUGGAGCAUGCACUCGCAAUUGCCGACAGUAGCCCGAAUUCCAUUUCAAAGGUGCGAAUGUGGAGGGAACGCGGCAUUGACAGUCAAACUGGAAAACUAGUCGUGGUUGACCCUGCGCACGGAACACUUAUCAUAGCACACAAAACCCUCACCAGCUAUCUGACGAAAAGCGAAACGCGCUUAGAGUUCUUUCCAACAAUUCAUGAGCAUAUCCACGUAGUCCAAUUGAAGUGCCUUCUUGCAGACCAUUGCAAGUCAGAGGUGCUGGCAGAGACUGAGGCGGAAUACUUGCAGCAAUACCCCUUGCUACCUUAUGCACUGCGGAACUGGGGAGACGAGUUAGCAAGAGUGUUAGAGCCGGAUACUCUACUAUGGCGCAGCACUGAAGCGUUCUUGGGUACAUCUUUCCACGAAUGGAACAAAUUUGUCAAACAUCAUAUCAUUCAAGUCUUGAUAAUGAAGUCAACACCUUUCUUAAGACCAUCACAUGUCACGAGACAACAAAUUAUGGACGUUGGCAGCAUUGACGGGCUUUACUGGGCAGUAAUCUUUGACCUACAAGGGCUGGUUCCCGUUUGGAUCGAUGUCGAUACCGAGUGCUUGGUUAAAGACCCCAUUCCAACAACGCCUCUGGGGCUUGCCGCUGUUCUUAAAAAUGUGCCUAUGGUCAAAUUGUUGAUCAAACAUGGCGCGCAGGUCAAUAUCACUCAGCGGACAAAUAUACUUGUCAAGCCCCCCUUAUAUGAUGCUGUUUUUGCAGGUUCUGUGUCGGCAGCCGAAUUGCUUUUACAGAACGGUGCAGAUAUGACUUCGCGUAGGGGCUUCGAUGACGUGUCACCACUUGAUCUUGCCUACGAAUCAUAUGGUUAUAGAAAAUCAGAACUCCUCAUUUCCUAUUUUCCAGGCUUGAAUGGAACGAGUGCACAAGUGCUUCAGUUCCUCGUCAAAUCAAGCUAUGUCAAAGAACUGCGCGACGCAAUCCGAGGAGGCAUGGAUAUUAACCAUCCAUGUGAAAAUGGGAAAAGGGCCCUUGAUUAUGCCUUGGAGAUGGAACAUGGUGAGAUCAUCAAGCUUCUGAGACACAACGGGGCAAUUUCCAAUUUGCAUUGGCCGGCUGAAAAGACGAAGCUCUGUCCAUACCCUAUGAAUCUACGCGAACCUAUAGCAACCCCUCUUGUUUCGAUCGAAAAGGAAUAUGAUCAAGAAGCGUUAAUAUCUCACGGCAAAGAACAGCGCGACCUAAUACUGGAAAUUCCCAUCCAUAAUAAUUGCCCAAUUCGAAGUAUCGUUUUUGAGACAAUAACGGCUCAUGAAGGCAAGGACGAGAAUAUAAAAUCAAGAAGAAACACCGAAAAGAUUCAUGGUUCAGGGGAAUUUGCACGGUUCUCAAGCUCCCAGACUGCAUACAAACAUAUGGAACUUGUCUGA